CAACGAAGCUAAACUGCUAACCGAAUGUCUUAUCUCCGUCCUGGACACACAUUUUUCUUUUAUCACCAUGUUACCUCUGCUUUGAACACUGUUCUCCGACAUAGAAAGGGAUAUUUGCCAAGCCUUCUGCUGUUUCGACCGCCGAAAUAAGGUGUGAAUGACUGACGUGGUGCCCCCCACUGCGCUCAGCGAAAUCAAGCUCCGUCUCCUGUGCCAAGAUGACAUAAACAGCGUUAAAGUUCUCUGUGGAGACUGGUUCCCCAUUGAGUAUCCUGACUCCUGGUAUCAUGACAUCACGUCAAACAAGAAGUUCUUUUCCUUGGCCGCUACCUUCAAAGGUGGCAUCGUGGGGAUGAUUGUGGCUGAAAUAAAAAGCAGAACAAAAGUACACAAAGAGGAUGGGGACAUCCUGGCGUCCAGCUUUCCUGUCGACACUCAGGUUGCAUACAUUCUAAGCCUAGGAGUUGUAAAGGAAUUUCGAAAACAUGGAAUAGGUUCUCUUUUGCUGGACAGUCUGAAGGAACAUAUUUCCACCACAGCGCAGGACCACUGCAAGGCCAUCUACCUACAUGUGCUUACCACAAACCUCGCAGCCAUUCACUUUUAUGAAAACAGAGACUUUAAGCAGCAUCACUAUUUACCCUAUUAUUACUCCAUUCGAGGGGUGCUGAAGGAUGGCUUCACCUACGUCCUGUACAUUAAUGGGGGCCACCCGCCUUGGACCAUCUUUGAUUAUAUUCAUCAUCUAGGAUCAGCGUUGGCCAGCAUAAGUCCGUGUUCUAUUCCACAGAGAAUCUACCGCCAAGCACAGAGUCUCUUGCGAAGCUUCCUGCCAUGGUCGGGUAUCUCGUCCAAGAGUGGAAUUGAGUACAGCAGAACCAUGUAAAGGACUAAAAUCUUUCCAGCUUCCCAGCACGACGUGUGAGACUCAGUGUUGGUGAUUUUAAACAAAAGUUGUGUUAUAUCUGUACAUAUUAUAAAGACUGAUUAAUAUAUGCAUUGUUUUCAGCCAUUUAUCCUCUCGAUACAACCUUUCCUGUCCCCUUCAUGCUUGUAAAUAUGCUGCUAUGUAGAAAAUAUUCUUUAGUUUGCCUGUAUUUUAAAUAUGAAUUAUUUUUAGCUGUGCCUAUUUUCAUAAGAUAGAAGCUAGAUGUGCAUGUGCACGUGUCAAGAUGUGUUGUGUCGGUUUAUCGGCGUCUUGACACAAAGCACUCCCCAGUUUAUAUUGUUUGUUUAUGCGAUGUUUUAAGCGUUGAUCUUGAUACGCUGUGGCAGUAAAUGUGCUGUAGAACGUGAGUUCAAGUCGAGAGUUUAAGUCACUAUUAGCCAGCAAACCAUUUUUUAAUUUUCCCUGUUUGUCAUUCACAGAUGUACAUGCAGUGUUUUGUUUAGGUAUAAACUUGAAUGUAGUUAAAGGUUUAUGAUGCAUUUUAAAAGUGUAGGAUGGGUUUAUCACUGAUAAUGCAGAUGUAGUAAGAAACAUUGCAAUAUAAUUAAACAAUAAGGGUAUAUUUUAGUCAGUUAAUUGGCAAAUGAACCCAUUCAGUGAUGUGCUUUAUGAGAGUGGUCAGUGGCUCCAGUGGAUCAGAUUUCAUUAGAUUUCUUAUGGCUCUGAGCUCAAAGUGCCUCUGAACAGAUUAUUCUAAACAAUUUUAAUACAUUAUGUACAAUAAAAUGUAGUUCUUUUGCUAAAAAAAAAAGUAAUAAACAGGUAUAGGAGGAUCUUUACAUCUACAUCCACUCUUGGUAAAAUAUUACAUUUAAUACCUACUCAUGAACAUGCAACCAGAAAUAAAAUAAACCAUAAUUCACCAAUUGGUCUGUGUCCCAAACCAUGACCAUUAAGAUUUCUCCUUGUUGUAUUGUUAGUUUCCUAUUAGCAUCUUAGCUUGCUUUUAAAUUGGUAAGUGAAAUUUUAACAUCAGAUUCUCUGUAACCCAUCAAUAUUAUAUUUAUAUUAUAUUCAUAUUAAUAUCAGCCUAGUUUUGCUAGUGUCUAACAGGUCUAGCUCAGAUUUAAUGGUAAUUAUUGUAGUCUGUAUAAAUAAAUGCAUUCAAGUGAAUUAUUCAAUAGUAGCCCGAUCCUACAAAGUAUCCCACAACAGUCUUUCAUUUCUGUAUGUAACAUUAGCACAUAGGGAGCCUGAAUGGCAUGGACGUCUUUAUGUGCUUGUCCACAGAGCUGAUAUUUGAGUACAUUUUAUUUAUAUGUGCAUAAAUGAAUAAAAAUGAACGCAGCUAUCAGGACAUCUAUCUAAUUUCAAGCAGUUGCUUAGGGUGCAGCACUAUAUAAACACAAUAAGCAUUUCUCUUCCUUUUAACCAUUUAACAAUGACAUUUUUUAAGUUCAGAGUGCAUUAAGCUUGAAGCCAGUACUAUGCUAAUUCUGUUUUAUAAUAUAUAUUUAAUACCUGAGAAAUACAGCUCUAGUAUUUAUCACACCAUCUCACAUUACAUAAGUUUUGCAUUUCAGUGUAGCCACUGUACAGUCCAACACCUCUGACUGAUUUUAAUCCACACUAAUAAGGCAAAGUAAGGAACAGCCAAGCAUGUAGGGUUUUGUACAGCACUCCAUAAACACAGAUUUACUGGUGCAGAACCAUUAUUGAUUUUGGUCAUAAUUAAAUCUGUUGUGUGAAUAUUUUCAUUCCUAAACUCUUGUUGCCUUUAAAAUGAUUGAACAGGGCGAAGGGAUCAGAUACGUAUUUGUCUUAUUAAAAUCCAUGUUUUAUUCAUGUCAUUAAUGUUAAAAUGUUUAUAAGGUUUCUCACUUCUGUUAAGCAUGAUGUGCAAUAGAUUCUACUGCUCAGUAACGUUUAUUGAACAGUGCAAAAAGCAUCACGUCUGAUUUAGUUUUUAUUUUCUUUUAUUUGUGGCCAGAGAGAACAGAAACGUUUAUCAAAUCUAAUGUGCACCUUUCAGCAUUAUUUGUAAUGUUGCAUGUUUCUUCACCUUAAUCACUCAUUAACCCGUUAUUUUAUUCAUCCAUCCAUAAACAUUUUAAGAUGAUUUAAGAGACCAUAAAGAAAUAAAAGAAAGAAAAACGUU